UCUGCUUUUAUCAGCAGGGAUGGGUGGCGCUCUCUAUAGCAUUGACAGCAUGCCAGACCUCAGGAAGAGGAAAGCUAUGCCUCUCGUCCGAGAUCUGUCAUUGGUUCAGAGCUCCAGGAAGGCAGGCAUCACCUCAGCCCUGACGUCCAGCACCCUGCACAACGAAGAACUGAAGAGUCAUGUAUACAAGAAGACCCUCCAGGCCCUCAUAUAUCCAAUCUCCUGCACAACCCCGCACAAUUUCGAGGUGUGGACAGCCACCACACCUACCUACUGCUACGAGUGUGAGGGGCUGCUGUGGGGUAUCGCUCGCCAGGGCAUGCGCUGUACCGAGUGUGGAGUCAAAUGCCACGAGAAGUGCCAAGAUCUACUCAAUGCCGACUGUCUGCAAAGAGCAGCAGAGAAGAGCUCCAAACACGGCGCUGAGGACCGAACGCAGAACAUCAUCAUGGUUCUUAAAGACCGCAUGAAAAUCCGCGAGAGGAACAAACCUGAGAUCUUCGAACUCAUUCAGGAGGUGUUCGCCGCCCCCAAGGCCACCCACGUCACCCACAUGAAGCAGAUCAAACAGAGCGUGCUCGAUGGCACUUCUAAAUGGUCGGCCAAGAUCUGCAUCACAGUGUUGUGUGCUCAGGGUCUACAAGCCAAGGAUAAGACCGGCUCCAGUGAUCCAUACGUCACUGUCCAGGUGGGAAAGACCAAAAAGAGGACCAAGACCAUCUAUGGCAACCUCAACCCUGUCUGGGAGGAGACUUUUAAUUUUGAAUGUCACAACUCAUCGGACCGCAUCAAGGUGCGAGUGUGGGAUGAGGACGACGACAUUAAGUCUCGUGUGAAGCAGAAGUUCAAGAGGGAGUCAGACGACUUCCUCGGUCAAACUAUCAUCGAGGUCCGCACUCUGAGCGGAGAGAUGGACGUCUGGUACAAUCUGGACAAGCGCACAGACAAAUCUGCUGUGUCUGGAGCUAUCCGCAUGCACAUUAAUGUAGAGAUCAAAGGAGAGGAGACGGUGGCCCCCUAUCACGUUCAGUACACCUGUUUGCAUGAAAACCUCUUCCACUAUGUGACAGAUAUCCAGAACACCGGUGUUGUGAAGAUCCCCGACGCCAAAGGGGAUGACGCAUGGAAGGUCUACUUUGAGGAGACUCCCCAGGAAAUUGUGGAUGAGUUUGCAAUGCGUUAUGGAGUGGAGUCCAUCUACCAGGCCAUGACUCACUUUGCCUGCCUGUCAUCUAAGUACAUGUGCCCAGGUGUGCCUGCGGUGAUGAGUACCCUCCUGGCUAACAUCAACGCCUACUACGCUCACACCACCCAGGCCACCAACAACGUCUCUGCCUCCGACCGCUUUGCUGCUUCUAACUUUGGAAAAGAGCGAUUUGUCAAGCUACUAGACCAGCUUCACAACUCUCUGAGGAUAGACCUGUCCAUGUACCGCAACAACUUCCCUGCCAGCAGUCCUGAGAGGCUGCAGGACCUCAAGUCCACCGUGGACCUGCUCACCAGUAUCACCUUCUUCAGGAUGAAGGUUCAAGAGCUCCAGUCUCCCCCCAGAGCCAGUCAGGUGGUGAAGGAUUGUGUGAAAGCUUGUCUCAACUCCACCUACGAGUACAUCUUCAAUAACUGCCAUGAGCUGUACAGCCGAGAGUAUCAGACAGACCCGGCCAAACAGGGUCCCGUGCCUCCAGAGGAACAGGGUCCGAGCAUCAAGAAUCUGGACUUUUGGUCCAAACUCAUCACACUUAUCGUCUCCAUUAUCGAGGAGGACAAGAACUCCUACACUCCCUGCCUAAACCAAUUUCCCCAGGAGCUCAACGUGGGUAAAAUCAGUGCUGAAGUGAUGUGGAACCUGUUUGCUCAGGAUAUGAAGUAUGCAAUGGAGGAACAUGAAAAAAAUCGCCUGUGCAAGAGUGCGGAUUACAUGAACCUGCACUUUAAGGUCAAGUGGCUGUUCAACGAGUACUGCAAAGACCUGCCCUUCUUCAAGAGCAGAGUGCCUGAAUAUCCUGCGUGGUUCGAGCCAUUUGUCAUUCAGUGGCUGGACGAAAACGAGGAGGUGUCUCGGGACUUUCAACAUGGUGCUUUGGAAAGAGACAAAAAAGAUGGGUUCCAGGUCACAUCCGAACAUGCUCUGUUCUCCUGUUCGGUGGUGGACGUGUUUUCUCAGCUCAACCAGAGCUUUGAGAUCAUCAGGAAGCUAGAGUGUCCGGAUCCACAGAUCGUAGGACACUACAUGAAGCGAUUUGCUAGGACCAUCAGCAAUGUGCUCUUAUCUUAUGCUGAUGUCAUUUCCAAGUUGUUUGCCAACUAUGUCACCAUGGAGAAAGUGCCCUGUAUCCUGAUCAACAACAUCCAACAGCUGAGGGUUCAGCUGGAGAAAAUGUUUGAAGCUAUGGGUGGAAAAGAUCUGUGUGUGGAGGCCAGCGAUUUUCUUAAGGACUUGCAGAUUAAGCUCAACAAUGUCAUGGAUGAUCUCAGCAGGGUCUUUGCUGUCAGUUUCCAGCCUCACAUAGAGGAGAAUGUGAAGCAGAUGGGAGACAUCUUGGCUCAGGUGAAGGGAACCUCGAAUGUGGGAAACGCCAGCAGCGUGGCCCAGGAUGCCGACAACGUCCUGCAGCCUAUCAUGGAGUUCCUUGACAGCAACCUGACUCUGUUUGCUAAGAUCUGUGAGAAGACAGUGCUGAAACGUGUGUUGAAGGAGCUGUGGAAGCUGGUGAUGAACACCAUGGAGAAGACCAUUGUCCUGCCGCCACUCACGGACCAAACGAUGAUUGGGAGGCUGAAGAAUGCUUCUCACAGUGAUGGCACUCAGCUCAUCUUUAACGCCGCCAAGGAGCUGGGACAGCUGUCCAAACUGAAGGAGCACAUGGUUCGAGAGGAAGCUAAAGCUCUCUCCCCGAAGCAGUGCGCUGUGAUAGAGCUGGCCCUGGACACCAUCAAGCAAUAUUUCCAUGCUGGUGGUGUGGGUCUGAAGAAGACUUUCCUGGAGAAGAGUCCUGACCUCCUGUCUCUGCACUACGCCCUGUCGCUCUACACCCAGGCUACAGACAAACUCAUUAAGACCUUUGUCUCCUCACAAAACGCACAAGGAUCUGGAGUGGACGAUGCUGUCGGAGAGGUGUCCAUCCAUGUGGAGAUUUUCACCCAUCCUAACACAGGAGAGCACAAGGUCACAGUGAAAGUGGUGGCUGCCAAUGACCUGAGGUGGCAGACGCAGGGAAUAUUCCGGCCAUUUGUGGAGAUCUAUAUCAUCGGCCCUCACCUCAGCGACAAGAAGAGGAAGUACGCCACCAAGUCGAAGAACAACAGCUGGGCCCCUAAAUACAAUGAAUCCUUCAUUUUCACUCUGAGCAGCGAGGUGGGGCCUGAGUGCUACGAGCUGCAGGUGUGUGUGAAGGAUUACUGCUUCGCGCGAGAGGACCGCACCGUGGGCAUGGCCGUCCUGCAGCUGAAGGACAUGGCUUCCAAAGGCAGCGUGGCCUGCUGGCUGCCGCUGGGGAAACGCAUCAACAUGGACGAGACGGGCCUCACCGUCCUGCGCAUCCUCUCCCAACGCAACAACGACGACGUGGCCAAGGAGUUCGUCAAGCUCAAGUCGGACCAGCGCUCGGCAGAGGAAGGCCGCAGCUAAAAGACACAAUUAGUUUAACAAAAAUGUUUGAAGCUCAAUCAGACGUCGAUACCUACUGCCCUGGAGCUCUCCUGAGCCUCUGCUAGCCACUGCCCUGCUGAUCCAGUUUUGUAAAAGCACAGAUAACAGUCACCACACAUCCAGUGCUGUAAAUACACCCAUGUCAGUAGGUAGAGUACAGUGCUGAACAACUCAUCUUUCAUUUUCCUUAAAAACGCACCUGUGUCUUCAACGGUGCAGAUAUUAUCAGCCAUCCUUUUGAUGAAAAAUUACAUAGAGUUUAAUCAUACAGCUUAUAUCUACUUUCCUCUGUCUGUAGAGGUUAGUCACGCCAUUAACACACACACACCUCAAUCUACUAGUUAAGAACAUAUAUUGUAGCCUUUAAUAUGUUGGUUUACAAGAAGUAUAGGACCAGCCCUAAGCACAACUGACCAA